CAGGGAUGGAAUACAACCCCCACUUUCGGCACCGCCGCCGAACAACCACCCUGCCACCGCUGCCUGCCACCGUGCCCGACGACGAGUGACUGAGUCCUCCGAUUAUUAUCUCAUUUGCUGGCACGAGCAGCACGCGACGCUACUGCCGCUUUCCCGCACGAUCCCGUAGAUCGCUCGCCUCUGGAUCACCGCCUGAGGAGGAACCGCAACUCCGGGACCACGCUACCUGUCGCCGCGUGUACAGCGAUCGUCCUCGAAAGCCAGCAACAUGACAACGACCACAGGUGAUCCAUCGACUCUCAAGAGUCCAGCCUCGCUCUCCGGCGGCGAUCUGGUCUCCCGACUUUUAGCAGCGACUCCUCCGUACUUGUACAACGUGCCCUUAACGCCGCACAGCUUCUUCUUCAGCGAAAUGUUGCGUUCGUUCGUGCAAGCGAAAACGGAUGUAUCGUCGGCGAGUAACACGACGAGCGCGCCCCGACGUCGCAAGAGAUCCUGGCGAGACGCUCGCGAUCGCCCGUUGGAACUGACCACGAAAGAAAGGCAGCAUCAUCAUCACCAUCAUCAUCACUCGCAGCAGCAACAACAGCAACAGCCGCCGGACAAAUAUUUCCACGCUCAACAGCAGCCGCAGCAGGCGGAGACGCGGCUGGAGAACGGCGGCAAACAGAGCGACGGCUACGAUCCUGCGAACAAAGUGGGCAACUUCGAGCAGAAGCCAAGCUUCGGUGCGGACAUUCUGAAGCCGGUGGACGAAAAUAAAUCAGAGUUCAGCAAACAGAGCAAGAGCUUCUUCGAUGAGCGGCCACGUCAUUUCGAGCAAGCCCAACCACCGGAGAACAUAUUCUCCAGCGAGUUGCAGAAGGUCAAACCGGAGGAGUCUCACUCCAGCGACCGUAAGAAUUGCAAUUACAACGACAGAAGCCCGUACGACGAUCGCACGAAGAGCGCGAUUGGGAAUCAAGAGCUACCGCCGCUGUUGCCCGAUCAGAAGAAGCUCGAUUUCUCCAGGAAUUUUCUGCCCAGCCUUCCAGGGAGGGGCUGCGACAUGCUUCCGGGCGUGAAAGGAUUCGGUCUGCCCGGAAACGUCACCAACCCGGAAUUCCUUCCCAGCCCGCUUUGGUACCCGCCUUAUCCAAUGCCCCAGUCCUAUCCCGGCAUCGAUCCCCUGCACUUUUUCAUCGAUCUUCGCGUUUCCGGUCACAUCUGGGAUCGCAAGUUGAGCGAGAGGCAGCUACCCUUCAAAGGCAAGCACUGCUCCGCUUUCAGCGUGCCGCAGUCGAAGGAAUACAACAGCAAUCGACCGUUGAAUCUGACGAGAGACGAGGCAUGCACGUCGAGGAGUAGCGAGGAAAAUCUACGUGGCACUAAUUACAUUCUGAGACACUUGACCAGGACGUACAGGGACAUCAGCCAGGCACGAAAGGCAACCAGGAGCGAAACAUCCACCUCCGGCGAGAGCGAGGACAGUUCGAAGGACGUUGAUAACAACGAAAGAUCUCCAAAAUCGGAAGAUAUCUCGGUUGCGUCCACGAGCCCGGAAGAAGAGAGGAAGGAUCUUCGGGCGUUGAUAGGGUUGGAACUGGUGGUGGAUUAUGUGAAAGAGCCGAAGGGAGAUGCCUCGAACGAGCAGACUUCGCAAGUAACCGAAUAACUCGUGAAAAUCGAACGAUUUUCUUUCGUUCUUGCCUGUAUAAAUAGAUGUAGCUCCGACACUUACAAUCUCGGCUGGUUUUCACUCCACUACGUCGUUCAUAUAGAAUCUUUAAACACACAAGUUUUACUUCUUUGAAUCGUUGUGGAACGAUCACAUUUAAAAGGUUGCCAACUUGACAAGUAAUCCCACUAUACAUUUAAUAAUAUAUUCUUACGUGAAAAAAUGUUUUCAAUUAAAUUCUACUUGAAGUGAAUUUUACUUUCAAGUCCGACAUUUUUUAGAAGCUUCCUUCUAGAAAUCUUUUUCGAUUAAAUAUAAAUGAUUUAGGUUGGUAAUAUAUUAAUAUUCUUUUCGCGUCACGAUGUCAAAGAAUGAUAGCAGCGAAAAAGAAAAAUGGAAUAUCUUGCUAUUUUUCUGAGAUAUUCUCGACAAUGUUCGUUCGAUCUUUUACCCCCUUAUUUCUGUUCGACGUGAAUAUUUAGAAACUUUGCACAUUUAGAGACGAUACAUUUGAAAAAUUAGCAGCCUCGAACUUUCAUCGGUGCUAUCUAUUGCGUAAAUGAUAAACAUGAAUGUGCUGCUCUAAUCUGACAAAACGAGGCAACAUACAUACUCUGUUGAUUGAUUCAUGCUCGAUGCGCAAUCAAACAGCGUGAAACUUGCGACAUUUUUUAAUAUCACAGUUUAAUCACAACACUUUCCAGACACACUGAGUUUUUCAUUCAGCAAUAUCUAUAUCACUGUGUCUGUCGUUCUUUGAAGACUCUUUCUAUCUUACACUCGAGACUCGACUCGAAAGAGUCAUUUUCUGGCGUGGAGAUAGAGGAUCUUAGAGAUCCCUCGUGGGCCGGAAACGCUCCGCUCCGAAUUCAACUGUAUGUGAUAUGCGGUGUACAUAUUAUAGUAGCGUUCUAUUGUAUCUAUAUGUAUUAAUAGAAAUCAUUCGAUCUGUAUAUUGAACGUAAUAAAAGUAAUGCGAUUCA